AACAACCACCUCUCUGCCCUCACAAAGACCUUAUAAAAACCCCCAAGCCAAAAAACUACCCUCUAAGACAAAACCACACUACCUUUCUCAGGCAACACUCUACACUAUCAAGAAGCAAACAAGUGAAGGAAGAAAAACAGAGUGAGAAAUGAAUUUGGUAACUUUCCUGUUGUUGCUCCUCUCUUCUCUAGCCUUGGCACAAGAUCGAGCUCCCCACGGGUUAACCUAUGAGAGCCCGAUGGCAUUUUCGCCUUCUGCAUUUGAGUUCUUCCAUGCACAACCAGAAAACCCAGAUGCUAAAUUAGACCCUUGUGCCGAAUCCGGCUGCUCCCCCCUCCCUGUGGCUGCCAAAGUCCAAGGAGCUGCUGCACAAGCACAAGAGAGCAAGAUAGCAUCAAUGUCAAGUGGUUCUAGUAGCCGAAUCAGUGCCGGUGGUGUUGCUGGCAUCAUCUUUGGACUCGCUUUCGCUGUGUUCUCUGCCAUGGGAGCUUACUAUGUGGUGAGGAAGCGCCAUGGAAAUGCAAACCCUUCUAACUCUGUUCAACCUGAUGUUUGAGCUGAUGCCAUUCCUGUGAUAGAGCAUAGAUAUAGGCUUGAGUUGAAUGUGUGCUUUUGGUCGAACUCUUGAAGCUUGUAUUAAGUUUCCAUCUGGAGUGCUUAAUAGUCAAGAGUCUUUACUAGUUUGCUCCA